CCGAGUCUUUUUUAACUCACCGCUAUGUUUGACCAACGAGUUCUCCUUGGUUGCUGUGGGCUUAUUGUUGGUCUUUAUCCUCUUGCAGAGAAACCCGGCCAGGCAACCAUUAUAUCCACAAAAGCAGACGUUCAAGCCAGUUCCAUAACAGUGAGAUGGAAUGCACCAGCUGAUGAUGGAGGGAGUCCUAUCAUAGCAUACAGAGUAAUCAUACUGAAGGGUGACACUAAGAAAGACAGUGUUAUUUUAACUGUUCUUCCUGAAACAAAUCACACUUUUACUGAUCUGGAGAGAGAUACAAACUACACGGUGAAAGUUUUUGCCAGAAAUGCUGUAUUUGAGGGAGAAGCUGCUUUAAACACAUUGAAGACAAACUUUGCAGUGAAAAUAAACGAUCUCCCCAGUUUAACAAUAGCGGAUACAAUUACCCUAACGUGGGAGGAGGCAGGAAAUAAUGGAAAAGUUAUCUCCCAAUACACCGUGUACCAAAGGAGAGUGACUGAUGGGAAGGUGGGAGACUGGAAAGAAAUAGGGAAAAUCGCGGAUGUUAAAGACAGACAAUUAGAAGUAAAUCUGAAGAAAGGAGAAGCGUAUGAAUUCGCUAUUACUGCUACUAAUGUAUUGGGUGAAGGCCUAAAACAAGAUGCAUCAAAGAUGAAGAGAGUUAUAGUGAUAGGGAUCCCGGCAACAGUGAAAAUAUAUGGCCUGCCAAGUGAAACAACAGAAAAUACAAUUACUCUGAGGUGGAUUGAGCCAAAAGACAAUGGAAAGAAAAUAACGUAAUACACUUUACCAGAGAACAAUGUUUGGUGGGAAACCAGGAAAAUGGACAAUAAUAAUGGAAAUCUCAGAUGCCGAAGUCAGAGAAUUUAAAGUAAAGUUGCAAAGAGGAAAAGUGUAUCAAUUUGCUGUAACUGCGACUAAUGGUGUCGGUGAAAGCCUAAUACCAGAUGAAAGAAACAUCCCGCAAGUCAAGGCGGUAGGAAUUUCAGGAAACAGAGAAGUUUACUUAACAGCGACCAUAAAUGAGAAUUGUAGCAGACGUUUAUUUGUUGGAGCCAAAUUUCCAAAUGUGGCAUGUGAAUUGGUUGUCAAUCACGGCUGUUUUGCUGCCCUUACCGUAGACAGCGGGUGUGGAAGUGUUAUUGUCAACUUCAUAAUGUACUUUAACGAAAUUGUGGCCAUUAGCGCAGUGUUGACUUCUCUGAAGAAUGCUGCAGAACAGAACAAAUUCGGGGUCUUUAGAGUUGACCCAGCCUCGAUCAAACAAGUUUCUUCAGCCACUGUGCCAGGUCCCGAGGAAUGUAACUGCCCAUGUAACGACGUCUUGUUAAAGGCCAUAAUUGGAGUUCUUGUCUUCAUAAUUCUUCUUCUAAUAAUUUACCUAAUCUGGCAACACAGGAAAGGUGUUGUUGGGAGGCAGAGGACGCACGAAGAUGAAAGAAGUGUUUAUGACGUAAGUGGCAAGAAUGAAAUGGAAUUAAAAGAUCUUCAAUCAAGUCUACCUGAUUCAGGCAACCUCACUCAGCCUCCUGCAGAAUACAUGAAUCUCAGAGAGGCUGGCAGAGAUAACAGAAAAGCACACAGUGCCGCUGCAGGUGCUGAUUACGCGCCUCUUAAUCCAUUAACAAUCUCCUGGGAAGUUCCAAGAGAUCACGUGACCAUAGAAAAAGUCAUUGGUAAAGGUGCUUUUGGUCAGGUUACUAAAGGAACAGUGGUCGAACUUCUGGGAAGGCCUGAAGCGAUUACAGUGGCUAUCAAAAUGCUUAAAUUUACGCAAUGUUCACCCUUCGCUUUUAACUUUCCCGUCAACGCUGCCGAGUCUGACAAGCGAGAUUUAAUGAAAGAACUGGAAACAAUGAAGCCGCUGAAACCUCAUCCUCAUGUCAUUGAACUUCUGGGAUGUGUUACGGAAUCUGAGCCACUCCUGGUACUGAUCGAAUAUGUUCCUUUCGGUGAUCUGCUUGGUUACCUAAGAAAGAGCCGUGAAUUAAAUGACACCUACUACAAAGACCCAGACAACAAACCACAAACAAAUCUGACGUCACAACAGCUGAUGAAGUUUGCAUGGCAAAUCGCUGAUGUCAUGAGUUACUUGUCCUCAAAAUCGAUCAUUCACCGGGACCUUGCAGCCCGUAACGUGUUGGUUGGACAAAAAGAAACGUGUAAAGUAAAAGACUUUGGAAUGGCCAGAGAUGUGCAGCUGGAAAAUAUUUAUGAACGAAAGACAAAGGGUCGUCUUCCAGUGAAGUGGACAGCCUACGAGGCAUUGUUGUAUGGCACAUAUACCACCAAAAGUGAUGUAUGGAGUUAUGGAGUUGUCCUUUACGAGAUCUUUACCAUAGGCGGUUCUCCGUAUCCACAGACGGAUGGGAGAAAGAUUGCCAACUUGCUCCAGCAGGGAUACAGAAUGCCUAAACCGCAACACGUGGAUGAUAAAUUGUACCAGAUCAUGAUGAGAUGCUGGCAAAAUGACCCCGACGCUAGACCGACUUUCACUAGCUUGAAAAACCAACUGAAAGACAUGGAAACCUUAUACAAGGUCGUUGCCGAGUCUUUUUUAACUCACCACUAUGUUUGACGAACGAGUUCUCCUUCGUUGCUGUGUGCUUAUUGUUGGUCUUUAUCUUCUUCCGGUUGUAGAGGCAGAUGUUAAGUUUACCAAGGAACCGUCAGAUCCAACCUACGUUAACAAUGGGACCAAUGCCAAACUGGUUUGGGA